CUGUAAUCGGUGGAGGGGACAGAACAGCAGACACACCAGGGGUCUGUACAACCUCAGAGACGACACAAAAACCUUUUGGCUGCGUAAUUAUGAGUGCUUAUUAGGCCGAUCUUCUCUCCCGGGGGUCUAAUUCUUUUGCCGAACGUUUGAAGUGCCGAGAGCUGCGUUCCUUUUUCGUGAGUGCGUGCGUGCGUGUGUGUGUGCGUGCGUGUGUGGGGGUGUGUGUAGUGCUUGGACACGGAGCUUCGACGAAGCGGCAGUGUGUCCAGCCUCCUCGCGCUCACGGGACAGCCCGCAUUUACGAGUGCGCGCAUGUGUUUAGACAGCGGCAUUCCGGCAAACUGCGCUCAGUCUCAGGCACGCGUAGACCGAAAGCUUUCCUGCUCUCUUUCCCUCUUUUCUCUCUCUCUGUCCCUCUCUUUCUAUACGGAAGUAAACUAAGUCGGAAUAGGAGAAAAGGCGUUUCGUGGCGAGCUCGUGCGCAAAGGCGUCCAAACGCGCUUCCAAACAGCGGAGGUUUUGUUUUUUCCAGGGAAUUGACAGCUCCACGUAGGCUAACGUAAGGCACCACCCCGGGAUACGUGACCAAGAUUACAUUCACAAACGACAAAACAAACAAACAAAGAAAACGUAUUAAACAUUUAUUGGAGACACGUUUUCUGAUACACUCCGGUCGCCUAUGCAAGGGACGGUUCGUUGUUGCUCUGCGCUUUUUUUCUCAGCUAGCCUGUUUGCGUCAUGACUUCUAGCUAUGCGCAUGUAAUGGACAGACGAGCCGUGGCGGCGCCCAGCAGACUGGAGAGCCCCAUCACAGCCAACGUGGACAACCUGCAUGGCAAAAAGAACUUCUCGGUGAGCCACCUGUUGGAUUUGGAAGAAGCAGGGGAGAUGGUGGGCGCGCAGGCGGAUGAGAGCGCGGCGGAGGCGGGCAGGACCAUGCUGGAGUCUCCGGGUCUGACCAGCGGCAGCGACACGGCGCAACCGGAGAAUGAACAGCUGAACUCUGAGGAAAAGAAGAAGCGUAAGCAGAGGAGAAACAGGACCACGUUCAACAGCAGCCAACUACAGGCUCUGGAGCGGGUGUUUGAGAGGACGCACUACCCUGACGCUUUUGUGCGAGAGGAUCUGGCUCGUAGGGUCAAUCUCACCGAGGCCCGAGUACAGGUGUGGUUCCAGAACCGACGAGCCAAAUUCCGCCGUAACGAGCGUGCCUUGUUGGCCAGUAAGAAUGCUUCACUCCUCAAGUCGUACUCAGGAGACGUGACGGCGGUGGAGCAGCCCAUCGUGCCUCGACCCGCCCCACGUCCCAAUGACUACCUAUCCUGGGGCAGCGCCAGCCCUUACAGCUGGUUUCCGGGUUCGGACGGAGGGCCAGUACGAAUGCCUCAGAAAAUGCUGCCCACAGAAAGCAACACAAUGGCAACCUACCCACCCACUUGUGCCAACACCACUUCCACCCAGGGAAUGAACAUGGCCAACAGCAUCGCUAACCUAAGACUAAAAGCCAAGGAGUACAGCCUCAACCAGGUCCCCACUGUUAACUGAGACAGACGAGGGGGUGAGAGAGUAAAGAAGGAAGGAUGGAAAUGACAAAGAGGAAGCCUCAAAGGAGUUGGAUGCCUUAGAAGGCCUUAAAGAACAGGACAAAUUUGUCUGAGAUUCCCCUUUUUCUUCAAAACUCCAUUGGGAAUAGAACAGUCCUACCCUCCUUCUGGAAUUAUGAUUCUUCUUCCCCGCCUUUAUAUGCUGGCUUGUUUUUUUUUUUGUUUUUUUUUUGGUUACAAUCUUCAUCACUGCUGAUGAAUGUAGAUCCUUUAAUAAGGAAAGAGACUCUUCAUAUAUCUGGACUUAUGUGGAGACGGCAAGGCAGACUUAAUGUCUGGAUGAUUUAACCCCAUUUUUUGUGGCUUUAUAUUUAGAGUCAACUGAAGGAAGUGUGCUCUUCAAAGUGGAUGAUUGUAGUCUGAGUUUACCCAAGACGUGGGGAAAAAAACAAUAUUGGAUUUUCCAGCUCUUUAGAAGUGAAUGAGUAAUCCACCUGAACUGUAGAAAGCUGAAGGAACAUCUACCAACUGAACUGUUAACCUUGUUGUGGUAAACGAGGAAGGUCAUGUCUUACAUACAUUUCAUUUUAUAUAGCUUACUGUACUGUACCACUGACACGUAGCUGUUGGUGUUACAUGUAACUUCUCAUACUAACACCAAUGUAAUUAGGACAACUUAUACUUCCUGUUUUUUUUGUUGUUGUUGUUGUUUUAAAUCUGUAUGCCAUUUCAUAAAUGCAAAGCAUAUGGGAAUAAAGCGACUUGCAUUUCAAGCAGUAAUCAAGCAUAUUAAGAUUGGUUUAAAAGGACAGAUCACUUAUCGUGUUCCUAAGAGCUCUGUUGCAGGCAACAGAGUAAAACCACAUCAUGGCACACAAUCAUUUUUCCCCUUUUAACUAAUACGCCAAUAAUAAUAAAAAAAACCCCAUCAUGUUAUUUUAGUGAUUAAUGACAGAAGUGUGAGUCAGAGUGGUGUGACUUUAAACAGGGUUGAAGUUGUGUACAUCUCUGUGGAACUGUGUGAGAAAAUGAUUUAUUUAGAACGUGUAGUAAAUGCUUGUUUUAUUAA